ACAACCUUGUUAAUCCCCCCUCUCUCUCCACCCCUCACUCUCCCUCCAUCUUUCUGUCUGCCUCUCCUCCCCUCCAGAUAAAGAGACAGCUUUGGUUGGAGGACGAAGAAAAACAGGGAUUUUUUUUUUUAAACAAAGGUUAGGGAAUUGGCCAAAUUAAGCGUAAUCAUGCUGUUGUUAUGUCACUCUCACAUCUGGCCCCCGGGUGAUUGGCCGGGACACUUCGGCCGUGCCUGCUGUCGGUGCGGUCAAGCAGGGGGUGACAGGAAGCGGGCCAUGGUCAGUCGAUCCAGUGCGCACUAACCAUGCCUCCGGCACGGCCCGGAGCACCAAACUUCCUUCACCAUCAGCGCUUCAAAGUUUGCGGGAUCGUCACGGCACUGAAGGUAUCGGAGGGGGAAAACAGUAGUGGAGGCUUUCAGUGCAUGCUGUGAGUUUGCCGAAAACUUCAUGUUCUAGUACACUGCUGCUGAUUCUGCUGGCUGAGCCCUCCGUCUUAUUCUGGUGUCCCGAGGCUUUGCACUGGCUGAACCACAGUCAUGGAGGUGGCACUGGUAGACUUCGAGAGUCUGGAUGACAUUAAUGGCAGCCUUGAGGACGAGGUGGACACCUAUGCAGAUGAGACCACAGCUCUCACUGUGGACAUAACCCCAGAGCACAACAGCCCAGGCAGCAGCUACCUUCUGCGAGCCCCUCAACUAGCCUCCACACCCUCUCAGUACAGCCCUGUGCCCUCCCGUAUGUGGGAAUCCACAUCAUCUUCACCUAUUCCCCACACAGAGACAUUACGAGUACCCCAGUCCCCAACGAUGCUGUCUCCAAGCAGACAACUGCACGGUAGCUGUGCCAGUAUAAUCUCUAACUGGCAAUUGCUGCUGAACAGUGAGGGCACUAAAGAGAGUGAGACCAUCUUCAACCGGCUCGCUAAGGAGUGCUGUGAAGAUCUCUUUGUAGACAAACGGGGGCUGGAUGAUGGAGACCAGAAAGUCAUCAUCAACAUCGCAGGUCUUCGUUUUGAGACACAACUCAAAACACUGGACCAAUUUCCUGAGACACUUCUGGGAGACCCUUUCAAGAGGAUGGACUACUUUGAUCCAAUGAGAAAUGAAUACUUUUUUGAUCGGAACCGACCAAGCUUUGAUGGGAUCUUGUAUUACUACCAGUCAGGGGGUAAGGUCAGACGACCUGCAAAUGUUCCCCUUGAUGUGUUUGCAGAUGAAAUUAUUUUUUAUGAGCUUGGAAGCGAGGCCAUGGAGCAGUUCAGAGAAGAGGAAGGAUUCAUAAAAGAUGUUGAGAUUCCUCUCCCUAACAAUGAUGUGUAUAAGCAAUUCUGGCUGCUGUUUGAGUACCCAGAGAGCUCCAAUGCAGCACGAGGUGUAGCACUGGUAUCUGUCUUUGUCAUUGUUAUAUCCAUCAUUAUUUUCUGCAUGGAAACGCUGCCAGAAUUCAGAGAUGACACUGAUUCAAUUGUGCCCACUGCAGCACAACCAUUGAAUCAAACUAGAGGCUACACUUCUGUGAUGCCACCUAGUGGAAAGCCCACAACUUUCUCUGAUCCUUUCUUCUUCAUUGAGACUGCCUGCAUCGCUUGGUUCUUCUUUGAGCUUUGUGUACGAUUUGUGGUCUGUCCUAGCAAAAAGGAGUUUUUCAACAACCUCAUGAACAUAAUUGACAUUAUAUCCAUCAUCCCCUAUUUUGUUACUGUGGUUACAGAACUGGUCACAACCCCUGAGGAGAGCUCAGGACAGAACAUGUCUUUGGCCAUUCUGCGUAUUAUCCGCCUGGUCAGGGUGUUUCGUAUUUUCAAACUCUCGCGACACUCCAAGGGGCUGCAGAUCCUGGGACAGACUCUGAAGGCCAGCAUGCGUGAGCUUGGUUUGCUCAUCUUUUUCCUCUUCAUCGGAGUCAUCCUCUUCUCCAGUGCUAUCUACUUUGCUGAGGUAGACGAGCCUAACACACAGUUUGUCAGCAUACCCGAUGGCUUUUGGUGGGCUGUGGUUACCAUGACCACUGUAGGCUAUGGGGACAUGUGUCCCAUUACCAUGGCGGGGAAGGUGGUGGGCACUUUGUGUGCCAUUGCAGGUGUGCUGACCAUUGCGUUGCCUGUCCCGGUCAUCGUUUCCAAUUUCAACUACUUCUACCACAGAGAAACAGAAGCAGAGGACAAGUUGCCCCUGGCAGAUGCUGUUGAGCAAGCCAUGCAAGCUGAGACAAGUACCAAACAGGGUAGCAAUCUAUCACUCAAUAAAGCCAAUGGCAUCUGGCAGACUGACAAUGGAAAAUAACUGUAAAAGAGCACUGUUAGGACAAAGGACUAGAAGGAUAAACUUUGCCACAAAGCAGGAAUGCAGCAGAAAAAUACUAUGGACAAUAUUUUAUUGUUAUGAUUUCACUCAGCAAGUGAUCUAAUGGGAUCAAGAUAUUCACUGUACCUUUUGAAAAAUAUGUUUUAUAAUGAAUAACCAGUUGGACCACAUUUACCUCUUUUGUGUAUAUUUUUAAAAAGACACUAAAGCUGUGGAAGAAUAAGUGGAAGAAUUUAGCAUGUUCAGGAAUUUAUAUCAUCAUAUUUGAAGUUUACUUUAUAUCAGGCAUUUUAUUUGCAUGUAGACAGAGCAAAAUAUGUCAUUGUCAUACUUCAGCAACAUGUACAGUAUGCAACAAUAUCUGCAAUAUCAUCUAACUGUCAAAUAGUUCAAAGUUGUAUCACCUUACACUAACUGCAUUACUCCUAAGUUUAACAGUAACAUAGUUGCUCAUAUGUUGAAUUUAAAACUAGUUGUUUAGAUUUCACUAUAUCAAAAAUGCAAGCCCCUCAGUAGAAACUCAAUGCAACAAAAUUUUACCUUUCAUAACUAAGAUUAAGAGCUUUCUGUUUUCCAACAUUUCAAAUGUCCACUUUUAUUUUUGAAGACAGACACAAACCUUCUCUUCGUGGAGUUUUUGUUGCAUGGUGUUGGCACAAAGGUUUUGAUUUUGGCAGUUCGUUUGGGAUUGUUAUCAUGCAACAAUAUUCCUUGUGCUUCACUGUCAGGACUAUGCAGUCACUGUGGUAGUCCUGGCCAGGUUUACGCCAAACAUGCUGGACCCUAUCUGAGCCGAACAAAAGUGUCUUGAUAUCAUCUAACCAUAGAAUGAGCUCCCAGUAUUAAUGAGGUUUCUUUUGAUGACCUUCAGCAAAUUUUAGUCUCGUAGUUUGGCACUGAACAGCAAUCAAGGGGUGUUUUUUUGAGGCACUGUCCAUGCAGGUUUGUAUUAUGAACAGUUUUGUACACUGUCUGAGCUGUCAGAAAAAGCUCUGAAGGCCUUUGAUAACUCCUACAAGUCUGAAGCACUUACUUGCCCAUCUGGUUUUCAGAACUAAAUUGUGCAAGUAGUGCGGUGUCCAUGCUACCUAAUUUUUAGGAGGAUGGCCACUUAGUGGUACUAAGGCUCAUUCUACACUUAUUUUAAGUUAGUCAGCCUUCUUAGUGUAUUCUUUUCCAUCUUUGUGUCGUCUCACAAUCAGACUUUUCAAUUCCUCUGGCAAUUCCUUUACAUUGCCUUUCCCAGAUAUAUAAAUAGACACAACCCACAGGUCGAAAGUUGAGAAAAUUCUGGUUAUUUUAUAACCAUUCUCAUAAUAUUAUGCUAAUUGGGAACCACAGGUGUACUCAGUUUGGUGUCAGUCCUCACAGGUUGUGCUAUUUUGGUUGCAUUGAGUUUCUACUUUGGAGCCCAAAUUUACAAUAUAGUCUUUCUGAAGUAUGCUGACUGUAAGAGAAAAUAAUCUACAUGCCUGCUUAGACACCAUGCAAAUAUUCAUAGGUAAUACAAAUCUGAAUCAUCUGACAAUGAAGUGAUAUUGCACACAGUUCUACUUACUUAUUGUAUGCUGGAGUUGUUUUUUAUUAUAACUUCGGUCUUACUUUCAUUUCCUUGGCCAUUAAUCCUAUUGUUUAUGACAUUUUGCUCACUAGUUUCACUAUUUUAAUUUUAGAUGAUUAGAAUAGCUACUAGCAUAGAUACUCCAUGGUUCCGUUAUUAGUAAUGAGUUUUCUGCUGCUGGAAAACUAUGAAUUCAUCAGAUUUUAAGAUGAGUUAUAAGGUUGUGGAAAGUUGUGCAACCCACCAUGUGUGUGUGUGUGUGUGUGUGUGUGUGUGUGUGUGUGUGUGUGUGUGUGCAGUAUAAAGAGAACACUAAAGCUGACACUGAUAUUGGACCAUUCCUGUAAUGUCUUAUUUCAACUUUUAAAAAAUUGCUUUGAGUGUAUGUGCUGUGAUUCCCAGUAGAUGGUGUAGUAACUAUGAAAAAUUGUUGGGAAACUGAUAGGAAUGAUGGCCAGUUCAAAAGAAAUAAGACCAAGGUUGUUAGAAAAAAUUUUCCUCAAGGGUCUUGAGUAACCUGUGCAUAGUGUCUAGAUUGUAGCCUUGCUGUAUUUAUGUAUUUUAAAAUGUAUCAUGAUUCUCCUGUAUUUAUUUAUUUAUUUACUCUCUCCAACAAGUAGUGCAGGUAAGAAUUCUCCACAGUCUAACUGACUCCACAUCAUGUAUUAUAAUGGAGUGCCUUAAUUUAUGUCAUGUUAAAAUACUAUAAAAUUUGCCAUAUAUAGUCGUUCUAUGAUACCUAUGUUUAUCAUAUAUGUAUGCGCAGUAUUUAGAUUUCAGCUUGGGUGAAAAGUUUGUAACCAUUCUGUCCCCAUUCUGACAUUUUUUCCCCUAAAAUAAUGACCAAAUAUCACAUUUAUUCUGACCUGAAACCCAAUUUAAAAUAUCGAAAUUGUAAGAUAUCCUAUCUAUUUAUGAGGUACAAAUUGAGUCAGUGUUUUUAAAAUAUUAAUUUGUUUUUUAAAAUAUUAAGUUGUAAAUGAAGAUCAGGCAUCUUCAUUUUUGUCAAUGCAUAGAAAUACAUCCAUUAAUUUUGGAAAAACAAUGAGAAACUAAAAGAGAAAGAAAGCAGGAAGCCAAAAAUAACUGCUUAGGUAAGAAACUGCUAUAGGGCCAUGGGACAUUAGGGGAACAUAUAACAUGAUCCGUCUUAUUUUCACAAAUAAUUGUAAAUUAUGCUGUAUCAGUGUAACAUACUGGUGGUAUGUUCUAUGAGUGUUUCUUUUAUAAAGUGUUUUCCUAUUAUAGAAGAAAGUUUGGGAUGUAAGUGACAUGUCAAUCCAGAUCUGGGAAUUUCGUAUUAUCUCAAAAAUAGAUUUAGACUUGUGUAGCGUCUGCAUUUCUGGUUUAGCACCAACUUAACACCAUACAGUGGCAAGAAAAACAUGCAAAAUCUUUGGAAUUACCUGUUUUUCUGCAAUAAGUGGUCAUAAAGUGUGAUCUGUUCUUUAUUUCAGUGACAAGUGAACACAAACACAAUGUGUUUAAACUAGUAACACAGAAACAAUUAUGAUGUUUUAUGUCUUUGCUAAAAAUGCUAAUUGGACAUAGCCAGUGAUGUUGGAGAAAGUAAGCAACUUUAACAGACAGAUGAGAUUAUUUUUUUCUCUUGAUGAUGGUAUAAAAUCAUCCCUAAAUCAUGAUGCUGCCUCCACCAUGCUUCGCCUUUGGGAUCAUGUUUUAAUGUUGGUGGGGAACAUCCUGUUUAUGCCAUAUACAUGGAUACAUGUUUUCAGCAAAACAGUGCUGCAUUGAGAGUAACAGGCAAAAAACAUUUUGUGUUGCCAGAAAGGACACAAAGCUCCAUGCAAUUAUGUAUUGUAGCCUCUUCAACAAAGAUCAUAAAAAGCUCGAAUGAUUCCUUCUUUUUACUUCACUGAGCUUGACCAUUCUGUGUUUUGCCUUUAAGGUCAUCUUAAUUGUGUGCCCACUUCUAGGGAGAGUUGCCACCAUAUUAAAUUGUCUCCAUGUAAUUACAGCUUUUCUCACUGUGGGCAAUUAUUGAUCUUAAGUCGACUGAGAUCCCUUGUAUUUUAUGCAUGACUCACAUCAGCAGCUGCAAAGUAAAUUCAGGCCCGACUGACUAAUUUCUGACUCCAGCGAGCUUUUGUUGACAUCACUAGUAGUGGUUCACUGAAUGUGCUAUAUGGACAAGAAUAAUACAAUAAUUGGUGUGUUACUAGAUUGUGUUCAUUCAUGGCAGUGAUUUAAAGGAAAAUCUUACCCUAUUAAACAUAUGCAGAAAUGCAGACAAUUCCAAAAGUUUUACUCGUUUUUUUUUUUUGCCACUACAUUUCUGUAUGUGUUUUUCUGUCAGUUUGACCAUCAGCUUUAUGGCGAUAAUGUCAGUUAUGAUGACAGUUGAUGUCAGUUUUUGAUAUAGCCAGUCCUUCAUCUGUAAAGUCAUUGGUCAACUGUACAACAAGUUAACCGGUAUCGUCAUGGCUACAGCAGGCCCGAGAUCAUUACACCAACAAGACCAUUGCACUGUAUUUAUAUGUAUGAUAACAUUUCAGUAUAUGAUUUACUGUGACGUAGAUGCAAUACAUUCUGGGAUUUU